AUGGAGGAGAAGCGAAGGUUGUGUGAGGAUGAGCUUAAAUUAAACGCAGAAGAAUUGGGAUACUCAUUUUUAUUAUGCAAGUCUCUUUUUGAAAUUCUAUUGAUUUUGCAGGAUGUAUUUGCAGCCGGAACAGAUACUACCUCGGUGUUUCUGGAAUGGGCCAUGACAGAACUCUUACGAAACCCUACAGUUAUGCAAAACCUUCAAAAUGAAGUAAGAGAGAUAGCCAAAGACAGCUCAAACAUAACAGAGUAUGACUUAGAAAGAAUGCAUUAUCUGAAAGCCGUGAUCAAAGAAACACUUCGUUAUCACCCGCCAGUCCCGCUGCUAGUACCAAGAGUAGCAAGCAAAGAUGUGAAGAUCAAAGGAUACGACGUGGCAGCUGGAAAUGUGGUGAUGAUCAACGCAUGGGCUAUAGGGAGAGACAGCGUCUCAUGGAAUGAACCAGAGGAGUUUAAGCCUGAGAUAUUCUUGAACUCUUCAAUAGACUUCAAGGGCUUGAAUUUCGAGCUCGUCCCGUUUGGGAUGGGUAGAAGGGCCUGCCCUGGAGCUGCAUUUGCUGUUGCUACAAUUGAGUUUGUGUUAGCUUCUCUGGUGCAAAAGUUUGACUGGAAAUUGGGAUUUGAUUUAUUUGCUUACACUAUGUUUGAAAGUUAG